AUGGAUCCAUCGUUUAUAAAUGAAUUAACUAACUGUUUGCAACAUACUGUUUCACCAGAAAGGGAAGCUAGAAGAUCAGCGGAAGCAUAUCUUAAAUCUGUUGAACUACGCCCAUCAUAUUGCUUGUGUUUACUCCAUAUUCUUCAGGAUCCCAAUGUCCCUUUACCAACACGAAUGGCUGCAGCUAUCACCCUGAAAAACUUCAUCAAAAAUCAUUGGCAUGUUGACUCAGAUGAUACCGAUCGUAUACAAGCAUCUGAUCGUGACGGAUUACGUAAUCAACUUAUAGGAGCUAUGCUUUCUGUAUCCGGGAAUAUACAAUCACAACUUUCUGAAGCGAUCAGUACAAUUUGGCGAGAGGAUUUCCCAGAGAAAUGGCCUAAUUUAAUACCGGAAUUAGUGCAAAGAAUGGCACAACUUGGUGCAGAUUUAAAUAUGGUCCAUGGAGUUCUAUAUACAGCUCAUACAUUGUUCAAAAGAUAUCGUCACGAAUGCGCCGGUCCAGAUUUGUACAGAGAAAUGAAACAUGUGAUCGGUCAAUUCGGUGCACCACUUACGGAACUUGCUAAGAAUCUUCUUGCUUUAAUUAUUGGAACAAAUCAAAUCACAGAUGAAUCACGUUUAAUUACAGUACUACAAUGUUUAUUACUUGUUUGUAAAAUAUUUCUCAGUCUUAAUUGUCAAGAUUUACCAGAAUUUUUUGAAGACAACAUACAAGAUUGGAUGACAUUUUUUCGUAGUCUCUUACAAUUAAAUGCAUCCACUUUAAAUUUAACUAAUAAUACUACUAAUACUGGCACAACGGAUCAAUCGAAUGGUACAGUUUUAGUAGAACAAAUUAAAUCACAAAUAUGCGAUAAUGCUAGUUUGUAUGCAUCAAAAUAUGAACCGGAAUUUGCUACAUAUCUCCCAGGUUUUGUGACAGAUGUUUGGGAAAUGUUAUUAGGUACUAGUGCUCAAACAAAAUAUGAUUUACUUAUUGGAAAUGCUAUCGGGUUUUUAAGUUGUGUUAUAUCACGUCCACAGCAUAGAUAUUUAUUUGAAAAUCCAGAAACAUUACAAAAACUUUGUGAAAAAGUUAUUCUUCCUAAUAUGCAUUUUAGAGCCUUGGAUGAAGAAUUAUUCACGGAUAAUCCUGAUGAAUAUAUACGUUUAGAUUUAGAAGGUUCCAAUGCACAGACACGACGUCGUGCCGCAUGUAAUUUAGUUCAUGUGUUAUGUGAAGCAUUUGAAGGUGCUGUGGUGACAAAUUUUGCUACUUAUAUUGAACAUUUAUUGAAUGAAUAUACCAAUACACCGAAUGGUGGAGCAUGGACAUCAAAAGAUGCUGCUCUUCUAUUGGUUACUUCAGUUGCUAGUCGUGGUAAAACAGAAAAGCAUGGUGUUACAGUCUCCACUGAAUUAGUAAAUUUAACAACAUUUUUUGAAAAUCAUGUUUUGCCUGAAUUACAAAAUCCUGAUGUGAAUUAUUUACCAGUGAUUAAAGCAGAUUGUUUACGUUAUGCUAUAGCAUUUCGUUCAUUGCUGCCACCGAUAGCUUUAGUGAAUUUAUUAAAUAUGACACCGGCAUUAUUGACUACUUCAGUAUCAGUUGUACAAAGUUAUGUAGCUUCAUUAAUUGAUAAGCUAUUAGCUAUGCGACGACAAGAUUCACCAACAGAUGCUUUAAUACCAAAAGAACAAGUCUCAGAUCCUCAAUUAUUAAUUGAUAGAUUAUUGAACAUAUUAAAUAAUCCUGAAUAUGGUGAAAGUGUUUAUGUGAUGCGAGCAUUAAUGCGAGUUUGUUGUUGUUUACAAGAACGUUGUCUCCCAUCAAUGACAUCACUUGUCUCUACUUUAUUAGCUCGUCUUACACAAGUGACAAAGAAUCCAUCUAAACCAGAUUUUAAUCAUUUUCUAUUUGAAACAAUUUGUUUAUGUAUUCGUUUGACUUGUGUCACAGAACCUGCUUUAGUGUUACAUUUUGAAGCAGCUUUUCUUCCUAUUUUUCAAGAUAUUUUACAACAAGAUGUUGUUGAAUUUAUUCCUUAUGUAUUUCAAUUAAUCAGUAUUAUGCUAGAACAAUAUCCAUUAUCACAAACUGUUUUGACAAAUUGUAAAUUACCAAUACCUCCUGGUACUACGAAUGGUUUGACAACAACAACCACUAAUACAUUAUCCACCAAUCAAUUGCGACCAUCACAAGCUUAUGCUGCACUGCUGCAACGCAUUCUUGUCCCCUCAUUAUGGGAACCGAAUAGAAAUGUACCAUCAUUGGUUCGUUUGUUACAAGCUUAUUUGUUACAUGAUAUGGAUGAUGUAUUGACAGCCAAUAAAAUUACCCCAAUCUUAGGUGUAUUUCAAAAAUUAGUCAAUUCCUCAUUGAAUGAUGUGUAUGCAUUCGCCUUGUUGAAUGCCAUCCUAUUAUCUAGUCCAAAAGAUGUAUUAAUGCCAAAUUAUUUUCGUCAAAUAUUCAUGAUUAUAUUUCGUCGUUUACAGAUGUGUAAAAAAGAGAAAUUUAUGAAAGCCUUUGCAUCAUUCAUUGCUCAUAUGGUGUUAAUCUAUACACCGGAUGAAUUAAUCACACUUAUUGAUAGUAUUCAACCAAAUCUAUUUGCACGUGUUUUAGAAAAAGUACUUAUACCAUAUGCUGAAAUAAUUAUCACUACACCAUUGAUUUCAAGUACUGGUUUUACAAAAAGUGCCGAAGUGUCCAGUGUACCAUCUACAGCUGUUUGUACAGAAUGGCGUGUAAAUAGUAUUGGAUUAAUACGUUUUAUUGGUGAAUCACAAAAUUUAUUGGUUAACACUUCAACUUAUCAUGAUUCAUGGCUUCCUUUAUUAAUUAAAAUUAUCACUGGUUUAGCUGGUGGUCCAGGACGUGGUGGUGAGCCGGCUAGUGAUAUGGCUGUAUCAAUUGCAAUGAAUUCUAUGGUGAAUGGUUUUCAAAAAGAUGAACGUUUCAUUGAAAUUGAUUCAGAUCCUUACAUUGAAGAAAGACUUGACGAGUUGACUGUCUGCUUACAUCAUCACUUUCAUCGUCAUGAUGAUGCUGCUGAUAACGAUGAAGACGAAGGUGAUGACAGUUGCUGA